UAAAGGGGUGGUAGAGAAAAGGAGACUUUUAAAAAAGAGUAAAGAAGAUUUUAAAAAGAAAGAAAAAACCCAACACUGUUCCCACACAGUUCGGAGAGUUCGCACAAAGAAGAUCCCAUGGCAACAGCGAGGCCCACAGUUUGCUUUUUAGACAGAUAGAUACACACACAAGAAUAUAUAAUGCAUCAUCGCUUUUAAAACAACCCUUCACUUGGGAAAUUGCGGGGGGGGGGGCACAGCUGAUCAGUGCAGAGCUUGUACACCACGCAUUCCCUCCUAGCUUGUGCUGGAUCUCCACCCUCCCAACCCCAAUGGAAAAGGGGUAGAGGAGCUGUGAGGAUGAGUUUUGUCCCUAGCAUUGGUGGGCAGAAAUUACUUCGUUCUCUGCUGUCCCUCCCCCCUCCGCCCCCGAAAAACCCAGUCUCCUCUCCUCUAACGCUUUGCAGAGAGGCAGUUGCAUGUGGAUUGGCUAGUACUAAAGUAUCCAUUGGGUGGCAGUAACAGUAUCUUCUUUAUGACUUGCAGCAAAGCAGAGAAUGCAUUCAAUCAAAUGAGCCGAUCUCGUAGAAACACUGGGAUCGUUUAUGCAUUGCAGCUUCUCUCUCCCACACUCACUCUCUCGCUGCCUUCGUCCCUCCCUUUCUCUUCCUUAGGAUAUUUGGGGUGGAUUGCCUUAAUUCGUCACGACCUGCUCUUUUUGGUUUUGCUCACUUGUCAUUUGCACAGAAGAUUAGCAUCAUUCAGGGCAAACCGACAACUGUGGGAUUUCCUCCCCUCCUUCCUUUUUUUUUUAAAGAAAAAAAAACCUCCGGUGGCGAUUUGAGAGUUUUAGGACCCAGGAGACAUCCUCUCAAACAGCAGGGGCUGUGUGCUUUCCACAUAGCAGUACAGUAUAAGGAAAGCCCCUUCGGAUCCGUUAUUGGAGGAUACUUGUGAAAUAUACAUAGGAUCCCUGCUUUCUGAUGGCUGCAUGGUGGCUUUGGGAUUUUUACCUGCGCACCGAGAGGCUUUGAAAAGGCUCCAUGCUCACAAUCCAGGACUCCUUUUCUUGUCCGAGAGCUCACAGACUUCUGGGGCGAUCCGUCUUGUCCUCUUGCGUCCCCCCUUCUAGCCAGCUUCUUCCCUCUGUCUCUCCCUCCCCCUCCCCUGCGCUUCACGUCUCCUAAUUUUAAUUUCUGCUUCCCACCUGGAGUGUACCAUCCGUGAGCAACCUGGCCACUUUUGAGAACUCGCAGGAGGCAAAUCUUCCAAAGGAUCUUUAGUUCUAUAUGGAAUUAUCUGCUUGGAUGGUGAACUUGGCACUUGUGAAUGGGCAUUUUCUUCCCCUUAUUAAUUGCUAGCAAAAAGAGAGAGAGAGACAACCCAGAGGAGUUUUAAAAAUCGUGGAUUCCCUGACUACGCAUUGUGAUGACCAGCAAUUACCUUACUGACUGAUACUAGGAGACGAAUAUUUUGCAGGACUGUGGUGGAUUGGUUAGGAAUAAGUGAGAAAACCGGGGCUCUGCAGUGUUUGAGACACAUCAUUCAGCUCUUGUGAAUCAAGAAAAGGGUAUAUCCAGUUCUCAAGAACUUUGCAAAAGGGAACAGCCUUGGAGAGUUGGAAGAUGAAAGCUCCUAUUCCUCUCUUAAUCCUUUUGUAUGCUACUCUUGUUCAGAGUUUGAAGGUUGUGACCAAAAGGGGCUCAGCGGAUGGAUGUACUGACUGGUCGGUGGAUUACAAGAAAUACCAAGUCUUAGUGGGACAGCCUGUUCGUAUAAAGUGUGCUUUGUUUUAUGGAUAUAUAAGAGCAAAUUAUACCUUAGCACAAAGUGCUGGACUCAGUUUAAUGUGGUACAAAAGCUCUGGACCUGGAGAUUUUGAGGAGCCUAUAGCUUUUGAUGGAACUAGAAUGAGCAAAGAGGAAGAUGCUAUUUGGUUUCGUCCAACAGUACCACAAGAUAGUGGACUUUAUGCAUGUGUCAUAAGAAACUCUACUUACUGUAUGAAAGUAUCCAUUUCGCUGACAGUGGGUGAAAAUGACACUAGCCUCUGCUACAAUUCAAAGAUGAAAUACUUUGAAAAAGCUGAACUUAGCAAAAGCAAGGAAAUCUCAUGCCCUGACAUCCAGGAUUUUUUAAUACCAUUCAGAGAGCCGGAAAUCCUGUGGUAUAAGGAAUGCCAAGUUACAACAUGGAGACCAAGUAUUGCAUUCAAGAAGGACAUUCUUGUUAUUCGGGAGGUCAGAGAAGAUGACAUUGGAAAUUACACAUGUGAAUUAAAAUAUGGACUGUUUGUUGUCAGAAGGACCACAGAAUUAACAGUUACAGCACCACUAACAGAAAAACCACCAAAGCUUUUGUAUCCUUCAGAAAGUAAAUUGACGGUUCAGGAGACACAGCUGGGCCAUUCUGCUAAUCUAACCUGUCGAGCCUUCUUUGGAUACAGUGGAGAAGUCAGCCCUUUAAUGUACUGGAUGAAAGGCGAAAAAUUUAUUGAGGAUUUGGAUGAAAGUCGGGUUUGGGAAAGUGAUAUUAGAGUUCUUAAGGAGCAUCUUGGAGAACAAGAAGUUUCCAUUUCAUUAAUUCUUGAUUCAGUGGAAGAAGGAGACCUUGGAAAUUACUCAUGUUAUGUUGAAAAUGGAUAUGGCCGCAGACAUGCUACUGUUAUUCUGCUUAAAAGGGAGCUGAUGUAUACAGUUGAGCUUGCUGGCGGGCUUGGUGCUAUUCUGCUGCUACUUAUUUGUUUAGUGACUAUCUACAAGUGCUACAAGAUUGAGAUUAUGCUGUUCUACAGGAAUCAUUUUGGUGCUGAAGAACUAGAUGGAGAUAACAAAGAUUAUGAUGCAUACCUGUCAUACACCAAAGUGGACCCUGACCAAUGGAAUCAGGAAACUGGGGAAGAAGAACAAUUUGCUCUUGAGAUCCUACCAGAUAUGCUUGAAAAGCAUUAUGGGUAUAAAUUGUUCAUUCCUGAUCGAGAUUUGAUUCCAACUGGAACAUACAUUGAAGAUGUGGCAAGAUGUGUAGACCAAAGCAAGCGAUUGAUCAUUGUCAUGACUCCAAACUAUGUGGUGAGAAGAGGCUGGAGUAUCUUUGAACUAGAAACAAGACUUCGGAACAUGUUAGUUACGGGAGAAAUUAAAGUGAUCCUGAUUGAGUGCAGUGAACUUCGGGGAAUAAUGAACUACCAGGAGGUUGAAGCCCUGAAACAUACCAUCAAGCUCCUAACUGUUAUUAAAUGGCAUGGACCAAAAUGCAACAAGUUGAAUUCCAAAUUCUGGAAACGUUUACAGUACGAAAUGCCUUUUAAGAGGAUAGAACCCAUCACACAUGAGCAGGUGUUAGAUGUCAGUGAGCAGGGCCCCUUUGGGGAACUGCAGACGGUCUCCGCAAUCUCUAUGGCUGCUGCUACCUCCACAGCUCUUGCCACUGCCCAUCCUGACCUGCGUUCCACCUUUCAUAACACGUAUCAUUCCCAGAUGCGCCAGAAACACUAUUAUCGAAGCUAUGAAUACGACGUACCUCCUACUGGCACCCUGCCUCUUACCUCAAUAGGUAACCAGCAUACCUACUGCAACAUCCCUAUGACACUUAUUAAUGGGCAGAGGCCACAGACAAAAAAUAACAGGGAGCAGAAUCCUGACGAGGCUCAUACAAACAGUGCAAUACUGCCACUCCUACCACGGGAAACCAGUAUAUCAAGUGUCAUUUGGUGACAUAAAUGCAAGGGGGAACUCACCCCCCUUGUGUAGAAGCUAAGUCUGCAGUCUGGUGCCUGGAACUACAUCCUCGACUGCUGCUGUUAAAACAUGCAUUACAAUCUAUGAAAUAUGAGGAAAAACAGGGUCUUGUACAUAUGUUUUUGCAAAUUUCUUUGUAGCAUCAGUCUUCCUGUUUUACCCAUGUCUCUUGCCAUUCACAUUUUGACUUUGUUUUAUAUGUCAUUGGGAUUUGUAUAUUUACAUUUUUUUAAAAAAGAGAAAAACGAAGAGACUGCUGUAUAGAUAGGAAAACCUUUAUGCUUCAUUAGUAUAGUUUGAGUGGGGUUUUUUUAACAUUCUUGGGAAUGCUUGGACAAAGCUCUGUUGAAUCCAGAAGCACUAUCCAUUUGUUGGCCCACCUAGCCUGAUUCCCAGAGGCCAUGCUUGCAGCAGUUCACCAGUGUGUGAGUGCGUGUGCAUGUGGGAACACUUGUUCUUAGGAGGACUCCACUGAUGAUUCAUUGCCCUGUCUUCAUUCAUUAUCCCACUGCUACACUCUACUCCCUUACCCUCACCUUUUUUACAGCACCACACUGAGUGAAAUUACAGAUGGUCUAAAUGUCUUAACAUUUCACAUAGUUAAUAGUUUGUGGAACAAAACAAAACAAAACAACACACACAGCCCAGUCGGUAUCACUUGCUUCACAGUAACCACUAUGACCACUAAGGAGUAUGUAGAAGGAAAAAUAGGGGUUUCUGUUUGAUUUUAUGAGUUGAUUUUAUUCCUUUUAUAUACAGAUAACAUGCUGACUCUACUUCAUUCACUUCCUGAGAAAGUGUUGGAUGUGUUUGUGACUCCCCCCCUCACCCCCUUUUUGGUUGAGAUCAAUGUUUUUGUUUCUUUUAAAUUCUUCAAAUGAGAUUAUUUACAUUUGUCAGGCAAGAAUGGCAAUAGGCACUGAAGUGCACUAAACCCUGCAGAGAUUUACAGUGAUGGCUUCCAAACCAAAGGAGAGGAGAAGGACAAUAUCUAAUAUGGUUUGUCACAUUAUAUUACAAAAAAAAAUGCUGUCUUUUAAUAAGUAUGAGAAAAUUCUUUUGCAGCCAGUUUUAGAGUCCCCAUGUAUAUUAAACGUUGGUCAUUGCCUUUUCCUUUCAUGGAUACAUCCAGAAUUUAGCAUUAUUUAAUGUUCAUUCUUAUCUUUUUUAAAAAGCUUGUAAUAAUAAUUUAGAAGGUUUGUUUUAAUUCCAAGGUUGUUUAAAGAAGAUCUCAGGAGGUUGCAAAAGUAAAUACCAACAAACAUCAAUAUUAAUUAAAAGAUUAAUAUUUA